AUGACUGAGGGUUCCUGUAGUCUGAAGGAUCUGUCAAUCAUCAGGGCUCCUCUGGACAUCCCAAUCCCAGACCCUGCCAAAGAGGAGCUCAAGAGGAAGAAGAAAGAGGAGAAAGAGGCCAAAGAGGGAAAGAAGGAUGGAGAUAAAGAUAAAGAUAAAGAUAAAGAGGAUGAAGGUCCUCCCUGUGGUCCCAUCGCCUGCAAUGACACAGUAGAGAAACUCCUCAAACAGAUCAAACCUGAGAUUCAGACUCUGAAGGAGUGUCUUAACACGGUGUCAAUGUGGAUACAACUACAGAUUCCCCGAAUUGAAGAUGGGAACAACUUUGGAGUUGCUGUACAGGAAAAAGUUUUUGAACUGCUUACCAACACCCGCACCAAGAUCGAGGGAUUCCAGACACAGAUUUCCAAAUACUACAGUGAAAGAGGAGAUGCUGUAGCCAAGGCUUCCAAACAGCCACAUGUGGGAGAUUUCAGACAGCUUGUCCAUGAACUGGAUCAGCACCAGUACUGUGAGUUACGCAUCAUAGUCCUGGAGAUUCGCAACACUUAUGCUGUGAUGUAUGAUGUCAUCAUCAAGAACUGUGACAAGAUUAAGAAGCCCAGAGGAGACUUGUCUUCAAAAGCACUUAUCUACUGAGUACCGCAGCCGAUCUGCACUGACAAGACACACACACACACAUUUGCUGAAAAGUAAAAACAUGUCAUAUUGAGUUUCACAUCCACAGUCACAGUGCAUUGACUUAAGCUUCAGUUACAUCAACAGAACCUACUGUAGUACAGUUUUUACUCAAUAAAGACUUUAAAUGUG